UGAAGUCAAAUCAGGAAGUGUGAUGCUGUGACAGUACAGAAGGAAACUGGCGCACAAUGGCACCAUGUCUGCCUCUCUGCCUGGUAACAUGAGAGGCCCCCGGGUGAAGACCCCUCUUCUGCUGCUGCUGGUGCUGCUUUUGACCUCACUGACUGGGACAGUGUUAUGCCAAAAUGAAGAUGACAGCGAGACUGACGCAGUAGAAGAGGCUAGCAGUUAUAUGACAGCACCAGUUCUCUCCACCACACAAAACCCAGUUUCACCUGAAGAGAACGCACACGCAUCAGAUCAAGAGCAAGAAGGGAACUCUGGAGAUGAUGAUGUUACACCAACAUACGCAGACCCUGAGUCUAUGGGUUCCACAGUCACACCAGAGGACGCUGACCAGAAUUUGGGUUUCAUCAUCAUCCCGAUUUUUGUGGUGCUGGUGGUUGUAGUCAUCGGCAUGAUAGUUUGUGGAAUUUUCAUCAGUCGCAGGUGGAAUACAAAAACGAGAAACCAAGGUAUAUCCAUUGCAAGAGGGAACACAUUAAAGGAACCAAGAAAAGAAGAUCCAUAUUUGGAUGGAGCCAGCACAGAGAAGGUGCCGAUGCCCAUGUUUGAAGAAGAUGUACCCUCUGUACUGGAGCUAGAAAUGGAGGAGUUGGACCAAUGGAUGAAAAAAGAGGGUGAAACUGCAGGGGACUCUACACAUGCAUAACUGUAAUGCUGGUUAACAAAGGACAGCAGUCUCCCAUGCAUCGUUGGCAACAUGGAUGUUCUGACCUUUCUACAAUAAUCCAGCUAAAUAUGUGACCACAGGAGGCAAUUUGACUGCCAGGAAACAUCACAAAACGUAGGAGACACUUACAGACAUUAUUUUUGUUUUGACAGUUGAAUAUUCAGCAAGAAAAAAAAUGAAUCUCUAAGCACUUGGCUGCCAUUCCUCCUGGAAGUCUUCAGUGGAUAGCAACAUGCAACAAUUGGACUUAAAAAGUGUUAAAUAGGUUUUUAUUUGAUGACAAUAGUCAAUGUUUUGCCUUUCAUGUAUUGUUUCUUUCAUGCUUUGUGUGUGUUGGUUGUUCAUUGAACUGUCCAUUAUGCCUGGAAAAUGUACCGUAUUUUCUGCUAUAAAAUCAGCCUGAGAGGAAAGUGUAAACCUAAAAAACACUGUGCUGUGGAUACCAAAUUUUCCCAGUUUGCUGAUUCAUCCAGUUAAAGAGUGUGUGGUCAUCCUCAAGUGCAUGAGGCCAAUACUCUUCUCCACCCUUCACAGAUAUGACUGCUCAUAGUUUUUGCUGAUGGCUUAUCUUCAGCUCAAAGCCUCUUUGUUGUAUUAUACUGUGUGACUCCCUCCAGCUGCAGGUUUUAAUGGGGAAAUAUCCUGUUGAAGAUUGUAGGCAUGCAUGACAGAGAAGGCCACUCCUUUUUCCAUGCCUAUGCAGAGCUGGUUAGGACUUAGGGAGAAAGAGUUUUUUAUUUGAAAACUGAUUUAAAUCUCGGAGUGUGAAAUCAGGAACCUUCUGUUUCUGAGUCUUUUGAUAAAUUACUGCCCAUUGCUGAAGCAGCUUCCUAAAAGCUGCUACUGAUAAGAUUUUCAUCUCACCAUAGAUAACUGUCUGACUGAAUACGUUAUAUCUACAGUUGCUGUUCCAAUAUUUCAUUACCAGUUUUGGCUUAAAAGUGUUGAAUCUAAGCAGUCAUUACACUGAUAUAAAUGUGAGCACUGCUUUCUGUAAGUGUCAUGUAGUAUUUUGUAGAAUCUUGCACUGUAAAUAUGGGAAAACAGAGUAGCAAGAGAUAUUGUUUUCAUGGAAUUCUUUUUGUACAUAUUUAAUAUAAGGCAGUAGUGUUUUUAUUUUUGCUGAUGAUGCUUUGCGUAAAGAUUUCAAUAAAGUAAAUAUCUUGAUAAAAUCAUCAUAUAUGAAAAUUUUUAGCCAUGCUGACAUGGCUAAAACGGACACGGAGAUGGGGGUGUUGUCGUUUUGUACAGACAUUCAUGACGAUGUAUCCUGGUAAUCCUCUGACUUUUCCUCUAGUUGCCACCAUGAUGUUGACAAUUUGAUGAAUUGCCAAAAAUUUGGUUGACAUUUGUGUUUCAGAGUGAAAUGUCUCAACAACUAUUGAAUGGAUUGCCAUGAAAUUAUCGCACAGACGCUCAUGUCUCCCUCUGGAUGAACUGUAAUCACUCUGGUGAUGCCCUGACAUGUCAUGUAGUGCUGUCAUUGGGUCAAAGUACUAGCAUGACCCUCAGUCUUGAAUGUGGUCUUACAUACUGUAGGUAUAAUCGUACAAUUCUUUACAGUUACUUCAUUAGGCAGACACUUUUUUUCUAAACAAUGUACAAAUGAGGUACAAUUCAAGCCACGGAGGAACGAGAAGAAGCCUCAGAAAUAAACCUGCUUCAUGCACUUCUUUGUUUCUGUGUAACUGUUAAAAUUAUAGUUGUGUGUUGUUUUCAACUUGGCAUAAGUGUUACUUAAAACAUUUAAAAGAAACUUAAAUCUGUACUGUAAAUACAGCAGGUUUAAAGUGUGA